UAAAUAUUCUUUUUUUAUAUUCUUUCAUGCAUCUAGACACGUUAGUGCAUGGGAAAAUGUCCAAACAUCAAGAAAAUAAAGAAAAUAAUCAAACGGAGUUAAGAGCAGUUUUGAUUGGAAGGCAACGCUCUGGGAAAACAUCGGUGAUCAACACUAUAUUGGAAAGCAGUGAAACAGAAGCUGAAGGAGAUGAACAUGUGGAGAGAGAGAGGUUUAUUGAUGACAGGAGAAUCAGUCUUGUUGAAACUCCUGGCUGGUGGAUAAGCUUCAGUCUGAAUGAUUUAUCCAAUAUCUCCAAACAGCAGCUGGUCCGCAGGAUUUCCAUGAUUUCACCCGGACCUCACGCGGUUCUGAUCGUGAUUCGAGCAGAUUCAGCCUUUACUGACCCUGACGGGAGGAUUCUGGAGGAGUAUCUGGAGCUGCUGGGUCCCAAUGUCUGGACUCACACCCUCGUCAUCUUCACAAGAGGAGAUUUAAUUAAACACAAAGACAUAGAGCAGCAUAUUCAGGAGGAGGGGUCGGCGCUCAAGUGGCUUAUUGAAAAAUGUGAACAUAAAUAUCAAGUUUUUAAUAACUCAAACCAUCACGACUGAACCCAAGAUGAAGAGCUGUUCAAGAAAAUUAAGGAAUAUGGUUUAUUCGAUCUACGUCAUCAAUGUUUACGGCGGCCAUUUUGUUGACAUAGAAACCACGGCAACUGUCAGUCUGUCAAAAAAAAAAAAAAGAAAAAAAGCAAGGCAUCGUCGUAUUAUCGCUGUAUUUAUUUAUUUUUUACCGGCGCAAUGGUGUGUAAUACACGGCUGUUCUAACAACAGUAAUAAGAAUCCCGGAGUGAGUUUUUAUGCAAUACCGACUGUAAGAAAAUGUGAAGGGAAGGAGACAGAGGAGUUGAGCCAGCGCAGGAGAGACUUGUGGCUAGCUGGAAUAAAUAGACUAAACUUUCAGCCAACUCCCCA